GGCAAGCAGCGCAGCCGCUAAUCGUGCUCGUUGCCUUUUUGCUGUCGUCGACCGUCGCUUCCGCUCCCGUUGGCCGUCGAUGUCCGUCGCGUCGCAAAAGCGAAGCCCCGAAAAUUUUCCAUUUUGAAAAAAAAGAAUAAAAUGUUCAACUUUGACGUUUUUAUGGUGUGUGAAAUAAAACGACGACAGCACCAAAAAGGAAAAGGCCAAAGCUAAAGAAUAAGGCGCUAAAGCGCAAGAAAGAGCAGUGGCAUAGAAUGAAACGCGUGCAGUAAAGAAAAGAGAAGAGGUGGGCAAGAGCAAAAAAAAAAAGAAAAGGGAAAAACUAUUGGGAAACUGUGAAAAAGGUCAAAAUGUGGUGGAAAAAUGAAGCAAAUGUGAAAAUUAAAGUUGUGUGGAAAAGCUAAAAUUAAUUUUUGUUGUUGUUCCCGCGCGCAUGCCUCUGUAUGUGUGUGAGUGCCCAUCUACAUAUACGCGUGUUUGUGUCGUACAUGUAAAUGUUUCGCUGUCGGUGUUGCGUGCGUUUGUGUGUGUGCGUGCGUGCGAGAGUGUGUGAAGAAAUUAAUUCGUAAAACGCAUUUACCCUUAAAUACAAAUUGUAUAUUUUAAACAUACAAACAAAUACCUACCUACAUAUAUUUUUGAUACGUAUAAUACUUUCAAAUUGCAGUAGAAUUAUUGCACAAAAGAUAAACGUAAGAAGCAAAAGCAACAAAACAACAACCGCAAAAACACUCAACGAGAAUAUUAAAAAGGAAAUCAAUAAUAAUAACAAUAAAUAAGCUCUGCUCCGUCAGUUGAUGGUAUGUGUGUGUGUGUGUCGAUGAUUGUAUGUGCGUGUGUACGAAAAAUAAGAAACUAAAAGAAAACAAAUAGUUGCUGCAAGGAAAGGUUAAAGACAAAUUAACCAACCAGAGGCGGCCGCAACAAAAAUGUGGACGGCGAGCGAACGCGCCACAGCAGCGCCCCACUUCGCAGCAUCUCCAGCCACCGCCACCACACGAACGACAACAACAACAACAACGUACGCAGUAGUAAUAGAAGAAGAAGCAGCGGGCAACGCAUCCGCAUGGCAAGUGCGAAAAACCGCAUGACCGAUGACGACGAGGAAGCGAAAAAUUUUGCUUUUAAGUGAACAAAACUUGCAAAAGAAAAAGUAGAUGAAGAAAAACGAAAUACGGGAAUUACGGGAAAUUGAGAACGCCAACGUGAAAAACGGCGCGUAAACGCUAAAAAAAAGAAUAAAUAGAAAAACAGAAAAAACGCAACGGGCGACUAACAAGUAAAUAAAACAACAGUCGAAUAAGCAACAACAAAAGCGGCAAGAGAUAUAAAACACACACACACGCAUACAAAACCAUUCAUACAUACGAAACAUACAGGGGAAAGGAACACACACGCACACAUACACCAAAUAGUUGGUACGAUGGCCAGCAGUGCCACAAAUUCAGCUGGUGGCGCCACACGCGCCGCCACACGGGCCGCAACAGUCACACUCACCAGCAGCAGCAGCACUCUGCCCUCACUGUUCGCCGGCGGCGGCGGCAGCAGCAGCACCGGCGCCGGCAAAGAUUUGGACGGACUGAUUGCCAUCAAUGAUAGCGCAUUAUCGCAACAAAUCGAAUUUAUACUACAAGAUGCUCCCAUGGAGCAGGAUGACGAGCAUGAAUUGGAGCUUGGCAUGGCAGCAGCGACGGCGGCAGCAGCGGCGGCAUCAGCAACGAAGCUCGACAACAACCACCACCACCCACCGACAACAACAAAUACAACAAUAACGUCAACAAAUAGCGCUUCCGCAUACAACCACAACAACAACAGCAGCAACAGCUUAAGCAGCGUAGAGGAGCAGCACCUGCAACAACAGCAACAAUUGUUGCAACAACAGUUACACCAACAACAACAGCAACAGCAUCAUCUGCUCAAUGGGCGCCGCAUCAUCAUUCAAUCAACUACCGGCAACGCGGCGCUGAUUGCUGCCGAUGACAUUAAAGAGGAAGAAGAGGAGGAGGAGGAUCCUGAGCUAAACGAUGAGAAUCUGCAGGACAUAGAGGAGGAGGCACAAGCAGCAGAAGCUGACGAGGAGCCAGAACCAACAGCGCAUCAUCAUCAGCACCACCACCAACACCACCAACAGCAACAGUUGCAUCUGGAGCAGCAACAACAACAGGCGGCUGCCCUGCAACAACAAAUACAGCAGACACAGGUGAAGCUCGAACUAGAGGAUGAGGAGGAUGAUGUCAUGUCGCCACAGCAACAACAGCAGCAAUUAGAAUAUAUCAAUGCAGCACAGUCGACGUCACAGGCAACGACCCAACAAUUGGUGCUGCCUGCAGGUAGUAUUGUAAGCACCACGACGCGCGCGCUGGCCGUGCCCGUGUCUGAAGCGCUGGUGCAGCUGCAACGUCGUCCCGUAUAUAUUAGCAAUACGGUCGGUGGGUUAGCCGGCACAACAUACGUGCGGAUGCCAGCGGUCAUCAGUCGCAGCCCAAUGACCGUGUUGAACGUUGUCCAACAGUCGGUGCCCGGUGGUGCACCCACCACACAGCUUAUAUUGCAGGCGGCGCCAGCGACAAGUGCCACAAGCGGCACACCUGUUGUGGUUAGCAGCAGUACCGCUGCAUCCUCAUCCGCUGAGCAAAUGACAGUAGCUCUGGCUCAACAACAGACAUCACAGUCUCAGGUGGUCAAUGGGAAUACUGGCAGCAAUAUAACAAGCAAACAGCAGCAGCAACAGCAGCAAGUGGUGGCCAACAGCAAUGGCCAAGUGACUGCCGUGGCCACCGCUAAUGUGGCCACUGCUAGCACCAAUACUGUCUCCACAUCGACCUCCACCACCAGCUACCAGUGUGUUGAGUGUGUGGAAAAGUUCGAUUCGAAGGAACUGUUUGACAUCCAUCGCUCCGGUCAUGCCAACAAUAUGAAGUGCGCCAUUUGCAACAUGGUGCUCAAAUCACUUAAGAACUAUGAGAAGCACUGCCUUCGUUGCAAGCCCUACGAGUGUCAGAUUUGUGGACGUGUUGUCCGUUUCCGGCCCAAUUUCAUUAAACACAUGCGCGUCCACACCGGUCAGCAAUCGGAGCGGCAUAAAUACAAAUGCGAGGUAUGCCACAAAGAGUUUAUGAGCUUCGAGUACUUCAAGGUGCACAAGAAGAUCCACAACGAGAAUGUUAAUCUGACGUGCGAGAUUUGUGGCAAAGUAUUCAGUGCGUUGGCCUCCUUACGCGGUCAUUCCAAGCUGCACUCAGGCGUCAAGCUGCACAAAUGCGACGUGUGCGGGAAGGGCUUUGGCCAACGUUACAAUCUCAAAAUACAUGCUCGUACACACACCGGCGAUUUUCCAUUCGAGUGCAAGAUCUGCAAGAAGAAAUUGCACACCCAAUCAUCGUUGCAGACGCACAUGCAGGUGCAUCUGCGGGAUCAGCCCUCGCAAGCGAUCAACGCUGUUAAAUUUCAGGAUCAGCAGCAGACGUCAACAGGCAGCAGUGGCACCUCAACAGCCACAAGCACAAGCGCUUCCAAUGGCGGCAGUGUGGCCGCCACAAUUGUCAAGCUGGAGCCGCAGAGUGAGCUCGAUGGGCCCAGCACUAGCGGGCUGCUUCAUCAGCAGCAGCACGACAUCGAUAUGGACGAAAAUUCUGGACUGAGCGAUGACGAUGACGAGCUGCAAAACAGCAGCGGCGUCGGCGUUGUGAACUCCUCGCAUAUUGUAACCACGACCACCAAUCGUAUUACCACCGGCGAGGACUCCUCGAAUGAGUCCUCGAAUGCCUCGCUUCAUCAGCCACUUUCAUCAUCGUCAUCGUCGCACUCCCUGCCGCAACAACAGCAGCAGCAGCAGCAGCAACAGUUCGUCGUCUCCACGCCAACACGUACCAUUGUUAUUAAGAACUACAUGCAACAGCAGCAGCAGCAGCAACAGUCCUCGGUAUCCGAGCAACAACUGUCGCACCAACACACACAGGUCAUACAGAGCGGUGCGGGCACCAGCAACGGCCACAAUACGAGCAACAGCAGCUGUAGCAGCAGCAAUGGCAGCAGUAACAGCAGCGGCGUAGGCCCUGGUAACAACAGCAACUUGACGCAGCAACUGCUUCGUAAGACGCCCAUUAUCCACUCCACCGGUGGCGCAACCACGCUCUCCUCCGCCCUGGCGAGCGUUGUGCAGCAGGCAUCCGGAGUCGGGGCCUCACCAGCGCCAUCGCCAUCAUCCUCCACAUCGUGUUCCUCCACUGUGCUGGUAUCCAAGGCAACUGGUGUGCCGCUGUCCAUUGCCUCAUCAGCUGCGCUCGGCGGCUCCACGAUCAUACGCAGCACUCGCAACCAUCACCAUGCCCACACGAAUUCACAGCAGCAUCAGCACAAUCAGCAGAGCACAUCUGUGGCCAGCACUGGCGGCAGCAGCUCCUACAGCACAAUGUCGACGGGCAACAGCGGCACCGGCAGCGGCAGCAAUCAACGGGCUGCAGCUGGAAGCUCGUCGCAGCAACAGCAGCGCAAUAACCACCGAAACCACCACCGACGUCGGCAUCUCGCCGAUCUGGACGAUGAUGAUGAUGAUGACGCGACGGCGCAGUUGCGUGCCAGCGCCACAAAUGGUCAUCAAACGGCGUUAGGGACGCAGCAGCGAACGCAUCACAAUCAUCAUCACCAUCAUCACAAUCAUCAUUUUGACGACGAUGAUGAUGAUGAGAAAUCCUCCCCGUCCCUGGCCACUGCGGCCAUCAUAAAGGUUGAACCGAAUCUCUAUUCAUCCGGGUCCGGCGACAACUCCAACGAUAUGUUCAUCAAGGAGGAGGUAAUGUUCGAGGAUUCGGCGGCACCGCACUCGCCACAAUCACCGCCCAGCUCCAAGUUUCGCAUCUCGAAUUUCGACAGCGAUCUGGUUGAUCAUCAUGUCGAUUUGAAUCACUCGCUGCCGCCGUAUGGUAAUCUCUUUGAGCCGCAUUCCAUACCCGACACCAUACCUGUGCAAUUGUAUCCCGACGACGAUGAUGAUUUCCGGCUGGACCACAGCUCUCUGGGUGCCCUCCACAACACAUCGUCGUCGACCACCGAUGGUGAUUUCAUCAAGAAGGAAUGGGUCUAUGGGAGUGGUACCAGCAGCUAUGCCAUGAACGGCAAAUUCGACGAUGAUAGCGAUGCUUUGUGUGAUGCCGCAAAUUUCAUAUAUAAUUGAGACCCCGCCGCACCCACCACUACCACAGCCCUGUCGUCCCCAGCACUGGGAACGUCGCCGCUGCCGGCGCCAUUGGAGGAGCGUAGUGUGGUGCGGCGCGUACACGAUGCGGCUAUGUGGAGUGAGUGUUGAGAACAGAGAUAGUGAUCAUAAAACAGAUGCUGAGGCAGUCGCUGCUCCAAAUGCCAAUACCUUUACAUACAACAUACAUAAAUAUAUAGAAAGUAUUCGUAAAGCAUAGAUGCCAGCAGGAUAAACAAAAAAAAAAAAUGAUUUAAAAAAACAAACAAAACAUAAAAAAUACAUCAAAAAGAGAACUUGUGAAAUACAGUCGAUUAGUUAUGCGUAAAUACACACACACACACUCGAAACAUACAACAUACACACAACACACAUAGUUAUAGAAUGAAUUUUUGUGAGAAGAGAACGCCUAACUAAUCAAAUCCUUGAUGGAAAGGCAACGCACACAGAAUACGGGAAGGAGGGGGGAAAUGGACAAAAGGACGCACAAAUACAGCUACUACCGUACAAGUAUCUAAGCAGAAAUCAUAUGGAACACAUGUGAAGCAAUCACACACACACAACACAAACAUAAAUAUAUACUAAUUUAUAUAUAUACAUUAAUAUAUAGUACAUGCUAUCUCUGUCGCGCUCGUGAUCUUAACGUGAUCUUAAACUAAAUCGAUGUGUAAAAUGUACGUAUAUGUAUUGUUGCAUAAUUCUCGCUCUCGUGGUGAGUCUCUCUCACUCCCUCUCUUUCUCUCUCUCUCUCUCUGUCUCUAUUUGACUGUAUCUCCUUAUCUUUCCGUCUCUCUUUGUCUUUGUAAUCAUUGGUGUGUUGUGACGCAAAAAAGCUUUUACAAGUGUUUCUCUUUAGAAAUAAAUUAACUUAAUUUUUAGUUGUAUCUUUUGGGUUGUAAUUCUACACCCACGAACACCGAACCAGCCAACCCUACCAACAACCAGCCAUAACUGUUUAGUCUCGCCAUCUUAUUCCCUUUCUCUGUCGCUCUGUCGCUGCCACUAAUAAGCUGAAGAUCCCAUUCAUAGUUCUAAACAAGACAAGCCAAGGUUUCCAACCCACCACCAUGCGUGCGUGCGUGUAUGUGUGUGUGUGUGUAUGUACAUAUGUAUGUAUUUAUGUACUUGUGCUCCCUUCACACGUGAAACACCAUCGAAUUACGACAAUCUCGCUAAUUCUCCCAAAACAUUUUUCAUUUAAUUUGCUUGUAUUUAAGCUCGAUAACGUAUUCCUAAAUGUCUGCCCAAAAAUAUAGUCUAUAUAUAGUAUAUCUCCUAAAAUAUGAGCGCGUCGUGCUCCUGCUCCAAAGAAAGAAGUGCAAACUAAAGUGGAAGCAAAAGAACGAAUGAUAUGAAAUGAAAUGCAAUGUAAACGUACAACAACAAAUUGUUCAGCCUGAUUUCUGUCGUGAGAGAACAAAUGAAAAGGAAAAGCAAAGCGUAACAAAUUCUGUUUUAUAGUGUGUUCCAAAACUAAGCUAAGAACAACAACAAAAAUACGAAGAAAAAAAGGUGAAAAACAUCAAUUAAACAAUUUACCAGUCUUUAAGGCCCGUUAAAACUCUAAUAUCUAGCAAGGUAGUAGUUUAACUUUUGAACUGAAAACUGUCGCUCCGAUCUCUAGUUUAGGGGUUAAACUCCAAUUAAGCUGGAAUAUCUGACGGGUCCUAAACCGCCGGGUCCUAGUGCGUACCACCACCUAUCGAUGCAAUAUUUUUUUUUUUUUUUCUACACUUUCCACACGUCCGCUCUCUACACUUGCAUGGGAUUUUCUUCCUUUAUUUUUUUUAUAAUGGCAAUGUUUACACAUCAACAAUCCUCUAUACAUACAUAUAGUAUAUAGCUAGACAGCACAUUGUUUGAUAUUUCCUUAGAGUUAAUUUUACUUUA